AUGGCACCAAGACGUCCUCCCCCUCCACCUGUCAAACGUGAUGUGCCUGAUAACACAAGGUUGUUGGAAUCAGUGAUCGAAAGGCUCCAACAGCAGAACACGGUUUUGAUGCAGCAGAACGCGGCUGCUUUACAGAGUUUGGAAGACGCUCGCGCAAAUUCUGAAGCGACCCAAAGGCAACUGAUGGAGAUCAUUGCGACCACUAGGGGUACGCCCGAAGCAUCUGCUUCAAACGCUACUCAUCAGGCCGAGUGGAGUUUGGAGAAUUUUCUGCAGCAUCGUUCGGCCAAGUUUGAUGGGAAGUGCUUUCCUGACGAGGCAGACCAGUGGCUCGGUGACAUGGAGCAGAUCUACAAUGCCAAGAGAUGUCCGGACGACAACAGGUUGGCGUUCACUGAGUAUCUACUGACUGGAGAGGCCAGUCACUGGUGGUCGAGCGUUAAGAUGAUACUGACGGACGCUCAAAGUCCCAUUUCCUGGGAAGUCUUCAGGGACAAGUUUUAUGAGGAGUACUUCUCAGAUAGCGUGCGUUUCGGUAAGGAAGUGGAGUUUCUUCAGUUGGUGCAAGGUGGUAUGUCCGUUUCUGAGUACACCAACAAGUUCAAGCAUCUGGUUCGUUUCAAUACUAUGGCUACCAGUGAAGUAUGGCAGUGUAGGAAGUCGAAAAUGGGCUGA